AAUAAGGUCAGUGGUUAAAAGCAAACAAAUGCAUCGCCAAAGUGUAUCGCACAGCCUGGGCUGGAAAGGAGCUACUUCACAUUCGCAUUCGCAUUGCAAUUGUAAAAUAUCUUCAUGAGCCCGGCCUGGAUCCAUUUCUCAUGUGUGGAGGACUACUCAAGUUCCCUCAGCACGUCGUCAAGCUCUACGCCGGCCGAGAAAGGCUCUGCUUGAGGAAGCACUCAAUGUAUCGAUUUUGUAUUCGUAAGAGGACACUCACCUGGCUGUUAAUAAUGGUCAUGCUGAUGAAUGUCGUUGAGUGCAGUGAAACGUAUGCUUGUGUGCGAGUGGAUAAGUGGCGAGUGGAUAAGUGGCGAGUGGAUAAGUGGCGAGUGGAUGAGUGGCGAGUGUGGUGUAAGGGUGCGUGUAAUUCGUAUAUGAAUGAGAAUGAUUAUGUUCUAGUGGUUCUAAGUGGUCUAUCCUUGUAAAAGAGUUGAGAAGGAACAAAGAGAAAAGUUGCGCUGCUUCGCCGUAGACGCCUUUUUGUUGCUUUGGAAAAGCCCAUAGAGGUUAGGGCACCGGGGGCUGAAGGAAAUAGAGCAGUGGGAUUGCCCAACAACCCAGCGGUCAGGGGGACGCGGCGGGCUUGGCCGCACUAAGC